AGGAAGAUUUUUUUUAAAUUAAUAAAAUAGACAUAUUAUUAUGAUGAUUAACUAAAUGAAAAAUGCGUCAUUUAGUAUUAAUUUAUCGUAUAAUGCGCAUAUAAAUAGGUAUUAAAUAGUCAAAAUACUUUUAUUAUGAUCUAAUUUAUUAAAUAUCCAAGGAAAUGCACUCUCAACAUGUUAAAUUAAGUGAUGACCCAGAAUUAUCUGCUGUUUGUUCAGCUCUCCUUCUUGCUUUCAUUGAGAAUUCUCGAGUUUUAAGAUAUUGUUCAGGAGGUGGAGAUUAUACAAACACUCAAAAUGACUUUGGAGACCAUCAAUUAGAAAUGGAUGUUCAAUGCGAAUUGAAUGUUAACACAGAAUUGAAGAAAACAGGAUUUGUAAGUCAUACAGCCAGCGAAGAAACACCAGAAGUAUUAUGAUAUUAUAUGUAUUUUUAGAUGAAGCUAUUAUCUGAAGGAGGAAGGUUUAUAGUAACAUUUGAUCCCUUGGAUGGAAGUUCAAUUAUUGGAACUAACUUUGCUGUAGGAACCAUUGUGGCCAUAUGGAAAUCAGAUGAUAAGUUAUUGAUUGGAAAGAGAGGAAGAGACAUGGUAUCUGCCUGCUGUUGUCUCUAUGGUAGUCGAACCAAUGUUGUCUUUUGGAAUGAGAAGGAAUAAAAGGUCUAAGAAUAUACAUUAUUUGGUAUCACCAUCAUAUUAUAAUCAUUAGACGGAGAUAAAUAGGGUCAUUGGGAAUUGACAAAAGACAACAUCAAGAUCAAACCUAAAGGCAAGUUGUUCAGUCCAGGCAAUACUAGAUGCAUUGUUGAUCAUAUCCCAUAUAGAGAGGUUGUUGAUUAUUGGAUUCACAAUGGCUAUACACUUAGAUACUCUGGAGGCAUGGCUCCAGAUAUUUGCUAAAUCUUCUUAAAGGAGGUUGGAGUCUUUUCAUGUUUUGGAGAUGCAAAAAAUCCAUCGAAACUCCGAUAUCUAUAUGAAUGUGCCCCACUAUCCUUCUUAAUAGAGAAGGCUGAAGGAAAAUCAUUCAAUGGCAAACAUUCAGUUCUAGACACUGAAAUUACAGGUUAUCAAUAAAAAAGUGAAAUUAUUGUUGGUAGUGCUGAAGAAAUCGAAUUUUUCAAAUCAAUUUGGAAGAAGCAUGGUAUAUUAAAGGAAUGAUGGUG